GACAAAACAAAUUUAGUAUUUAAUGAUACCUAAUCAUUUGACUUACCAGCCUUGUACAAUAAUUUAUGUCCAACAUGCAAUAUUCUUAAAUAAGAACCAACCUAUACAUACUAUUCCCUUGAAUUUGUUGGCAAUUUCUCUUAUAAUUUACAUGCUCUGCAUAGCUCUACCUUCUCAUCAAACCUACUUUCUCAUAUUCCAUAAGAAAGAAAAAAAGAAAAAAAAAAGUCAAAGUUGUUCUGCAUUUCAAUCAGUUGAGAAAUGGCAGAGGCGUUGGUUCAAGUAGUUCUUGAAAUCUGAGCUCACUGAUCCAAGAUGAGUUUGGAUUGAUUACGGGUGUCGGUGAUGAGAUGAAGAAGCUCUCGAGCACACUCACCACCAUUCAAUCCGUGCUCGAAGAUGCCGAGACGAAGCAACUUCAAAGCAGAGCCAUUCAGAAUUGGCUACUCAAGCUCCAUGACCUUAUCUACGAGAUUGACGACGUAUUGGAUGAGUGUGCUACACAAUUCUCUAUAUCGAAGCACAGAAACAGCAAAUUAAAUCGCUAUAGCUUGAAGACAAUUCUCUUCCGGCGCAAAAUCGGGACAAGGAUGAAGCAGGUCACGGAGAAACUGGAUGCGGUUGCUGCAGAGCGUUCGAAGUUCCAUUUGCGCGAGAUGUCUGUCGACAGGCCGAUCGAGUUUGCUGCCACACGUGAGACUGGUUCGAUAUUGAAUGUGUCUCGUGUUGUUUACGGCAGGGAAGAAGAUGCCGAGAAGAUUGUUGGCAUCUUGGUCAACCAGGUCAACGGCAAUGAAGAAGUCUCGGUUCUUCCUAUAGUUGGUGUUGGAGGCCUUGGAAAGACCACACUUGCUCAAUUAGUCUUCAAAGAUCAACGCGUCGUUGACCAUUUCGAUAAAAGAAUAUGGGUUUGUGUCUCCGACAAUUUUGAUCAGAAGAGGUUGUUGAAGGCGAUGAUUGAAUCUGUUGAAGAAGAUGACCCGGAGAAAAACACGAGAAACACAGAUUUGGUGGAAAUGCAUACCCUACAGCACCGCCUCUUGAAAUUACUCAACAACAAAAAAUACUUGCUUGUAUUGGAUGACGUUUGGAACGAGGAUCCAGGCGAGUGGGAUAAAUUGAAAAACGUUGUGGCAUGUGGCUCAACCGGGAGUUCAAUUAUCGUUACCACACGCCUCCAAAAGAUUGCUGAUAUGAUGAUAACACGUUCCGUUGUUUCAGCACAUGACUUGAUGGGGUUGUCGGAAGAGAAUUGCUGGAUGUUGAUGCGUGAACAAGCAUUCGGAGAGACGGAAGAUGAAUAUCCAAACCUGGAAGCCAUCGGGAAGCAGAUUGCGAACAAGUGUGCCGGUGUUCCUCUGGCUGCUAAGACGCUCGGAGGUGUGUUGCGGUUGAUGAGGACAGAGAAAGAGUGGAAUUAUGUGAAAGAAAGUGAAAUAUGGGAAUUGCCUCAGACAGAAACUUCGAUACUGCCAGCUUUGAAACUGAGUUACCAUCAUCUCACUUUUGAAUUGAGACGGUGCUUCGCUUAUUGUGCAAUCUUUCCCAAGGAUUCUAAGAUUUCGAAAAAAGAACUGAUCUUUAUGUGGAUGGCGCAUGGAUAUAUUUCAUCAAAGCGUGUACUUGAAAUGGAGGAUGUCGGCAAUCAAAUAUGCGAUGAGCUAGUUCGGAGAUCCCUUUUGCAGUAUGUUAUACAUCCUGAUACAAACGAACCAACUCUCGUUAUGCACGAUCUUAUUCACGAUCUCGCCCAAUCAAUCAUGGAGAGCAAAAUUCCUGGAACACAAGCCCAAAGCACAAACUUCAGUAGUGCAUCGUCUACCAGCAAAAUCCGCCAGGUGAAUUUGCGGGAAAAGUCCGUUGCCUUCCCUAAGAGUAAUCAACCAGAGAUGGACAUUUCUUUCAUCUUAAAGAAUUUCUCUUGUUUGAGAGUACUCGAUGCGGGUAUGACAGGGAUACAAAGUUUGCCUUCUACAAUACGCGAGCUCAAGCACGUUCGACACUUGAAUUUGUCCGGAACUAAAAUCCGCACACUGCCCGAGUCAUUGUGCGGUCUGUGGAAUUUGCAAGUUUUGAAUUUGGACGACUGCCAAGAGCUCGUGGCUUUGCCGAAGAAGUUGAGGUACCUGAUCAAUCUCCGCCAUCUAUUUUUGGUAAAAUGCUACUCGCUGAAGGAGACGCCUUCUAGAAUCGGAGAACUUAAACGACUCAAAUCACUGGGUCAGUUCAUUGUGGGGCAUCGCAAAGGCUAUCACCUCGAGGAGUUGCAACACUUGGACAUUGGGGGCAGGAUUACAAUUCGCCAUCUGGAGCGAGUCGAGAACCCUAUGGAUGCAAAGAAGGCAAAUCUUGCCGAGAAAAAGAACCUCGUUCAUUUGAAGUUGUUCUGGAAAACUGACCGUACUCCGUCAAAAUCAUCGGAGGAAGAAGCGAGAGAUGAAAAUGUGUUGGAAGGGCUCGAACCUCACCCGAAUCUCGAAAUUUUAGAGAUAAAAGGAUUCUGGGGAAGCCAUUUUCCAGCGUGGAUGUCGAAUUCAACCGUGGACAAGGUAGUCAAAAUUGACAUAUCGUUUUGUCAAAACUGCUUGCGCCUUCCUCAACUCGGAAAGCUACCUCACCUUAAAUCAUUGAGGUUAGAGGAUCUGGCGGCGGUGGAGUACAUUAGCGAGGAAAAUCAACCACCUCACAGUGGAUUAAUAAGCCUGGUACAUUUCCCAUCUCUGGAAACACUUGAAUUGUCGUGUCUCCCGAAUCUCAAAGGGUUGUUGAGAGAGGAGCAAGUGACGAGACCGGUCGAAGCAUUCCCAAAUCUUCAAAGGCUAACGAUCGAUAAAUGCUCUUCGUUUAAACUGCCACCACUCAAGAAAUUGGAGAGAUUGGAUUGCAGUAGCUCAACUCUGGCUUCACUGUCCAAGACGGUCCUCAAAACUCUCACUCAUCUUUGCGUGGACUUUGAGGAGAAUACGACGACAUGCAAUAUCUCGAUAGAGACGUUUGCAAACCUCGGCAAUCUCAAGGAACUAAGAGUUUCUAAAGCGCGUGAUACGUCUCUUCUGCCAGAACAAGGUAUGCGGUCGUUGAAAUGUCUUUCGCGUUUAUGGAUAAGUGAAUGUGAGACGGUGACGUGUCUGCCUGAGGAAUGGCUGCCGCACCUCACCGCUCUGGAGCAGCUAGUGAUAUUUAAAUGCCGAGAACUGGUAGAGAUUCCAGUGGGGAUUAAAUGUGUUAAAGAACUCAGGCUCAUUGAUCUCGCAAAGAUGGCGUGUUUGCCCGAAGCACUGCAAAACCUCUCCUCCUCACUGAAGACGCUAUUCAUUCUCGGGCUUCCGGAGCUGAGUUCACUGCCCGAGUGGUUGGACAAGUUGACAUCACUUCAAAUUCUGUAUAUUGCUGAGUGCCCGAAGAUAGAUUCAUUUCCGGCUAGUAUACGACGAAUGAAAAAUCUUCGGUUAUUGAGCGUGGAGAAAUGCCCCGAACUGGAAAGGCGGUGUUUGAAGGGAAAGGGAGAGGAUUGGGACAAGAUACAACAUAUUCCCAGGCUGGAUAUUGGUUAAUGGUGCUGUUUCAAAAUGUAAGUUUGGCAAUAGAAGUAAACUUGUAAUUCUUAGUUGUUUCUACAAUUUGAAUCAUUUUGUUAUUCAAAUAAAAUAUUCAGUAUUCUGUACAAGCUAAUGUUGAAAAACCUUCAACCAACCACAAAUGGUGAAUGAUAAUAUCAAGUUCACCAAAAAUUAAGAGGGUGUUUUGGCUAAGAAUAGCGUAUCGGAUGUUAAUAAGAGCUUAUAAGCUCUUUCAAAGUGUUUGAUAAUUUAAAGGUAGCAUCACUUCCAGCUAGUAUCCAGAGAAUGACAAAGCUCGAAUAUCUGAAAGUGCGUGGAUGCCCGGAAUUGGAAAGGAGAUGUGAGAGAGAAAAGGGAGAGGACUGGCACAAGAUAGCACAUAUUCCCCACCUCUACAUUGGUAUCGGGGUUCGCUAAUUGGCAGCUGCAGGGCUUCUCCUUCUUUGGCACGCCAUAUUCGAUUCGAUUCAGGGGUAGGUGUUUUCCGGUUUGGAUGUCAAAUUCAACUAUGAAGAAAGUAGUUCGAAUUGAUAUAUGAUUCUGUGAGAGUUUUAUGCAUCUUCCGCAACUGGGAGAGCUACCUCAUCUUAAAACCUUGAGUGUGAAGAAUCUGGCUCGGGUGGAGUACAUUAUUGAGAUUGAGGAAGAAGUAGUUCAAAGUGCAAAUACAUUAAUAAGCGUACAACAGUUCCCAUCUCUGGAAAGCUUGUACUUAUGUGGGCUUCCGAAUUUCAAAGGGUUGUUUUUUAAGAGCAAGUGAUGAGAUCAGCUGAAGCAUUCCCAAAUCUCGAGAAGCUAGAUAUUGGAUGGUUCUCAUCAUUAGCACUACCACCACUCUCAACAUCUCUCAAAAAGUUGAAAAAAUUGAAAUGCGGCAGCUUAAAUCUGGCUUCAUUGUCGUCUAAGCUGGAAACUCUUACUGAUCUGACCGUGCACUUCACAAAUACGUGCAAAUGUAUUACAGUUGAGACACUUGAAAGCCUCGCCAAUCUCAAGAAAUUGGAGAUUUGGGAAGCAGAUGAGCGGUCUCUGCCGGAAGAAGGGAUGCGAGCCUUGAAAUCUCUUACAAGUUUGUCCGUAAAUUAUUGUCGGAAACUGAUGGGGGGUUUGCCUCAAGGGUGGCUGCGACACCUCACUGCUCUGGAGGAACUAGACAUAUUUCAAUGCGACGGAGUUGUUGAGCUGCCAGAUGAGGUUAGAUACCUCAAAUUCCUUGCAAAAGUCGAGCUCAAAAGUCUUCCAAAGAUGGUGUAUCUACUCAAGGCAUUGCAACACCUCUCAUCCUCACUCCAGUGUUUGUUCCUAUCCACUCUUUGUGAGCAGAGUUCACUGCCGGAAUGGUUGGGAGAUUUCACGUCUCUUGAAGAGUUGACUAUUUCAGAGUGCCCAAAGGUAACAUCACUUCCAACUAGAAUCCGGGGAAUGACAAAUCUCCAAUUCAUGUUAGUGAUGGAAUGCCCGGAAUUGGAGAGGAGAUGUGAGAGAGAAAUUGGGGAGGAUUGGCACAACAUACAACACAUUCCGCACC